GUGAUUUGUCAUCACUAACAAACAAAGAGCCAACAUUUUUUAAUUCAGUAUCUGAAAAUACAAAUAUAGAAAUGGCGGACGAUCUACAGAAUUAUAAAUGCCAGCUGCAACAAGUUGAAGCUGCUUUGCAAACAGACCCGUGUAAUGAGGAACUUUUAAAACUAAAGGACGACCUCGAAGAAGUAAUAAAAUUGACUCGAGAUUUAAUAAAAACACAAUUGGAAGAACAACGUAAAUCAUCGUACGUAGAGCCAUCUUCAUCAAAAUCGGCGUCCGCAAAUUACUUUGAUGAUAUUGAAGCUGCUCUUUUAGAGGCUGAGAAAUUGGUGACAUCCGUCAAAGUUUGGAAGAUUGGAGACAAAUGCCAAGCCAAAUGGACAGAAGAUGGUCAAUAUUACGAUGCCACCAUCGAAGGUAUAACUGGCAAGGGCGAGGUCAGCGUUAUUUUUGAUGCUUAUCAGAACCGUUCUACAACAACGCUUAAGGAGUUGCGAGAACGUACUACCCGCAAUGAAGUAUUUCCGUCAAAUAAACGACAUCGACCAAACCAAAAGGAAUAUUUAAAAAAACGCAAACAAAAGAAACAACAACGCUUCAAAGACUUGGAAGAAGAGCGUGAAUCAGAUAAAAAUAAAUGGCUUAACUUUACAACGAAAAAUCAAAAGAAAGCAGGCAUGAAAGUCAACAGCAUAUUUGCCUCUCCCGACAACGUUAGUGGAAGAGUGGGCAUUGGCACAUGUGGUACGGCAGGAAAAGGUAUGACUGACUUUACCAUAGGUGAAAAGUAUCGUAAGGGCUUGUAAUAUAAUAAAAACAAAAGGCAUAGAUUUCUCAAAA